AUGAUCAGGGAUAUCUUGAUUACAGUUCACUGGCUUCAUUUCAUUAAGAAGAAUCCGGAUGCAUGUGAGAGAUCAGUGUGGAACCAUUUGCAAAGGACCUUCAGCUCAUACGAGGUACCACCCUCCGAGGAUGACUUGUUGAAUCAGAAGCUAUUAAUUAAGGAAACAGCAGGAAGGGAUGAAGAGUUACAAGCAUCUAAGGCUUUUCGUGUCUUUGUUGGGAAGUGUGAGACUGGCAUGUCCUUUUAUGCGGAUGCUCAAACAACAAAAAUUGACAAUGAUGAUCACAAUGAAGAAGAGAACAUCUUUGAUAAAGUUUGUGCAAUUUGUGAUGAUGGUGGUGACAUUUUGUGUUGUAAUGGGAGGUGCUUGAGAUCAUUUCAUCCAACUGUUGCUGAUGGGUUGGAAUCUCAUUGUGCAUCCCUUGGGUUUAGAAAUAAGGCUGAAUAUGAAGCAAUUCAAAUGUUUUUGUGCAAUAAUUGUCGUUAUGAGCAACAUCAGUGCUUUGCUUGUGGCAGAUUAGGCUUUUCUGCUAAAUCUGCUAGUCAACAGGUCUUUCCUUGUGCUUCUGCUACUUGUGGUCACUUUUAUCACCCAGAAUGUGUUGCAAGACUGCUUCAUAUUGGUAAUAAAAUUGAAGCAGGAAAAAUACUCAGAGCUAAAAUUGCUGCAGGAGAGUCUUUUGUUUGUCCUGCUCAUAAAUGUUUCAUAUGUAAGCAACGUGAAGUUGCUGAAAUUAAAGAGAUGCAGUUUGCAAUGUGUAGACGCUGUCCUAAAGCAUACCACAGGAAUUGCUUACCUCGGGAUAUUGUUUUUGGACAUGAUAGCAAUACAACUAAUCUACAAAGGGCUUGGGAAGGUCUGUUGCCAAAUGGAAGGAUUCUGAUAUACUGCAUGGAGCAUGAGAUUGAUAGACAACUAUCGACUCCUCUUAGAGACCAUCUAUUAUUUCCUAAUGAUGAAAGGACACACACUUCAAAUCUUGAAUUGAGGCAAAGAAAGCUUGUAAUAUCAAAGAGAAGCAAGGUUUCUGAAGGCUUAGUUAGAGAUAGAACCUCUAUGAAGAAGCGAAAAAAAGUGAAACAGAAUUGUGAUGAAAUUGGUGGUUUUUCCAAAAUGUACAAAAGAUUCCCAUCACAAGAUUUUGAAUGCUUGAAGAAAUCAAAUAUAAUUGAUCGAGCUAAAACAGAAUUGGAGAAGAAUGUUACCUCUGUCUCUGCUAUGUCAAUCGCUGAAGACACUAGUAGUAUAAUUUUCAGAAACAAAUCCCCGGUAAACUCAAGACCUUAUCCACCGAAAACAAAAGUGCAGAAUGUCUCCAGCAGCAAAAUCGAGAUUACUGUUCCUGAUAAGCCAUUAAUGAAAAAAGUAAACAAUUCAUCGCCUUUAGUUGAUAUUGAAAUGGAGAAAAGGAUUCUGGCUCUCAUGGAUCACGUUGACUCCUCAUUUGACAUUGGCAAAUUUACAGAAAGGAAUAACCCAAAUACACAUUUGUGCUGCUCCAGAACUUUACUGGAUAAGUCCAUUACACUAGGAUUGGUGGAGGGUUCUGUGAAGGCUAUUCAAACUGCCUUACAAAAGCUAGAAAAAGAAGGAUGUAGUAUUGAGGAUGCAAAAACUGUUUGUCAGCCUGAAAUUCUCAGACAAAUUUUCAAAUGGAAGUCGAAGCUUAAAAUUUACCUUGCACCUUUUCUCCAUGGAGCACGCUAUACAUCUUAUGGACGCCAUUUUACACAAGAGACGAAGAUUAAUGAGAUUGUUGAUCGGCUCCAGUAUUAUGUGCAGGAUGGUGAUAUGAUAGUUGACUUCUGCUGCGGCUCUAAUGAUUUUAGUUGUCUGCUGAAAGAAAAGCUUGAAAAAACCGAGAAAACAUGCUUAUUCAAAAACUAUGACAUUAUACAAGCUAAGAAUGAUUUUUGUUUUGAGAAGAAAGACUGGUUGAAAGUUAGUUCAGAUGAAUUAUCUGAUGGUUCACGACUGAUAAUGGGGCUGAAUCCCCCGUUCGGAGUGAAAGCAUCUCUUUCUAAUACUUUCAUUAAUAAGGCCCUUGAGUUCAAGCCAAAGCUCCUCAUUCUCAUUACUCCAAAAGAGACUGAAAGGCUAGACCGGAAGGCUCCAUAUAAUUUAAUUUGGGAAGAUGAGAAAUUACUUUCAGGCAAGGCAUUUUAUCUCCCUGGAUCAGUUGAUGUUAAUGAUAAGCAAAUGGAGGACUGGAACCUAAGCCCACCUCCAUUGUACCUUUGGAGCCGUGCUGACUGGACGCCCUUGCACAGGGCAAUAGCACGACAAUAUGGCCACUUAUAAGGUAACGAAGUUAGUAUGCCAAACUCAAACUUGUACCAUGUAUGUAGUUAGUAUAUGAAAUGGAGCCUGUUUUUUGGGGUUAUAAUUUGAAGUCAGAUACUUAAAAAAGGUAUAUUAAUACUAGUUUUUUGAGGACAUGAAUAGUGGCAUUUUAUCUAACCAUAAAAAUCAAUCUGGCUGGCUCUACAGUAACUGUCUAACUGACAUAUUUCUUUUGUAGAUAUGAUGUGAGAAAUGGGUAACUUGCGCAGCA